AUGCCUACUUCACCGGAAUCUGCUUCGCCCGAGUCUCCUUUAUCUGAAUCUCCUCCAUCCGAGUCUCUUUCACCCGAGAGUCCUCCACCAAAGUUUAUUUUAUCUGAGUCUCCUUCGUCUAAGCUUAUUUUACCCGAGGCUCUUUUAUCUGAGUUCACUUCAUCUGAGCCUCUUUCACCCGAAUCUCCGUCAUCUAAGUCUCUUUCACCCAGGCCUCAAUCGGCACUAUUCGUUGAUCGUGGAUUAAAAGUGCAAGUCUGGCUCGAUACUUUGGUCGAGAAAGGGGGCUGCAAUAGUGGAAGGGGUCGCGGGCCCCCAAUCUUUUGCGAAAGUCUUCUCGAUAUAGACUCUCCUCAAGACUGGCGGCAGAUGCUGCACAAUCUCCAGCGAAUUAUCGACCUUCAAUUUGUCCCUCUUUUGGAAGCGAGUCCCGAGAUCGUCGACGUGUUUGUUGUUUGGGAUGGAGAUGUGCCACCAGAAUGCGACGGAUGGUCGAAGUGGUCGGAAUGGUUGAAAUGCAAGAGGUGGAAUGGCAUUGGGACUCCACUUGAAACAUUAAAUCAAGUUUUCUAUAUUGUUUUAGAACAUUCAGCAGUAGGAUCAAUGAAUAUUUGUGGCUGUACACUUGUUGAGCUUAGCGUCCUGAAUACUUUUCCAGCUUUAUAUCAUACCUAUUCUUCUAUUUUCUGGUCAUGGACCCCUCAUUCAAAGCAAUACAAUCCUUUUGACGGGAUAUCUAUCAUCUCCCUGGAGUUCAAAACAGUGAGUUAUAGCUCUCUUGAAUCAUACUUCACAGACCUAACAAAUUUCUUUCCAGAAAUGUCUGAUCAAUCCUCAUCAAGCGUUCAAUCCUCAAUGACUCCUGGUAUACAAAUUCGAGCUAUGAAUAUUUCAGAUGGCUCACCUCCUUUUCUUUGCAAUACGCCUCUUGGAAUCGUUCCGCUACCAGACUUCUCAGCGAUUUCGACUACGCUCAUACAGAUCAUCAAUACUCAAGCUUUCUCUCGAAACUUUUCGUGCAUAGAAGGAGAUAUAUCCAUCUUCAUCCACUGGGCAGGAGAAACCGCCGAAAAGUACGCCUAUCAAACGGCAUCUCGAUGCUGGAACAAUAUCUCAUUGGACUUGAUGCUGCUAUCCGAGAAAAGAUUCUCCGUCGAUAGUCCAGAUGAAUUGAAAGAUCUCUGGAGCUUUUUGGCGAAGAGAAGAUAUCGAGAUGAAAUCUUCUGCAUUUUCGAGGCAUCACCUAUCCGGUCAUCUGAUCUCACUUCCGAGUCUGAGAAAGAUGCCUAUCGAAGGGAUAGAAUUCACUCUGAUGGCUAA